AUGAACCCUGGCGUGAACUGCAACACAUUAGUGGUUUACAGCCAGGCUUUGGGAGCUCUUUGUUGGGGAAGGAGAGAAUUGGACAGCCAGGGCAGUGAGAGGUGGAGUGGAUUUCUCCUUUGUGCCAUUGCAAUGCUCCUUGUGAUAUUUCCCAUGUUUACCUUUCCGAAAAAGCUCCCUCCUCGACAUAAAAAAAAGAAAAAGAAAAAGAAGAUGAACUCUGAUGAUGUUUCAAGUGAUGAUGAAGUCAUGAAAGAGAAAACAAAUAGCAAAAUACAAGCAGACAGUGCAGUUCCUGCUUCUAUGGGAUUUGGAAAGAAUGUUAAAGAGCUUCCAAGAGCAGCUGUCAGGAUCUUAAGCAACAUGACAUUCCUUUUUGUGAGUUUGUCAUACACAGCUGAGAGUGCCAUUGUCACAGCCUUUAUUACCUUCAUUCCCAAGUUCAUCGAGUCACAGUUUGGCAUCCCAGCUUCCAAUGCCAGCAUCUACACUGGUGUGAUUAUUGUCCCAAGUGCUGGUGUUGGUAUUGUCCUAGGCGGCUAUAUCAUUAAAAAACUGAAACUUGGUGCGAGAGAGUCUGCAAAGUUGGCUAUGAUAUGCAGUGGUGUGUCUCUGCUCUGCUUUUCAACUCUCUUCAUUGUUGGAUGUGAAAGCAUUAAUCUAGGGGGAAUAAAUAUACCUUACACAACUGGUCCCACUCUUGCCAUGGCCCACAGGAAUCUGACUGGGAGCUGUAAUGUUAACUGUGGAUGUAAGAUUCAUGAGUACGAACCUGUCUGUGGAUCAGAUGGAAUAACAUACUUUAAUCCUUGCCUAGCUGGCUGCAUCAAUGGUGGAAACCACAGCACAGGGGUAAGAAAUUACACAGAAUGUGCCUGUGUCCAGAGUCGCCAGGUGAUCACUCCUCCGACAGUGGGCCAGCGCAGUCAGCUCCGGCUGGUUAUUGUCAAAACCUACCUGAAUGAGAAUGGCUACGCUGUUUCUGGGAAGUGUGAUCGAACCUGCAACACGCUUAUCCCGUUCCUGAUAUUUCUCUUCAUUGUUACCCUUAUAACAGCGUGUGCCCAGCCAUCAGCAAUCAUAGUGACACUCAGGUCUGUGGAAGACGGGGAGCGGCCCUUUGCACUAGGGAUGCAGUUUGUUUUAUUACGAACUCUUGCUUACAUUCCCACUCCAAUUUAUUUUGGGGCUGUUAUUGACACCACGUGCAUGCUUUGGCAACAGGAUUGCGGUGUACAAGGAUCUUGUUGGGAAUACGAUGUCACCUCGUUUCGUUUUGUCUACUUUGGGUUGGCAGCUGCCCUCAAGUUUGUGGGAUUCUUUUUUAUUUUCCUGGCCUGGUAUUCCAUUAAGUGUAAAGAAGAGCAACUGCAGAGACAGAGAUGGAGGGCUUCACCGGUGAACACUGUGAGUGAGAUGGUUGGCCAAGUUGGACCCCAACAAAACUAUGCACGGACUAGAUCCUGCCCUACCUUCAGCUCCCAAGGAGAUAUAAGUGUGGCACAAGGAAUGAACUGCAUAGCACAGACAUACCCAGGCCCUUUUUCAGAAGCAAUAAAUUCCUUAAAUGAAAAUGCAUUGGAGGAAGUCACUGCUGAGAUAUAGACCCCUGGCUUGGUAAUGUAAUAUUUAGUUUUGUUGGUUGACUUAAUUAUGGCGCCUUGUAAAACACCUGUGCCUUCUAUUUUUAAUCUCAAUGUAACAUGUAAGAAAACCAACAAAGCUUAAUGCAAACAACUAUAGUAUGUUCCUGAGGGCUGGAUACCUCAAACCAACCCAAGUUCUUAUU